AUGGAAUCCUAUGUUAGGGUGUUUGGUUGCCUGCACUGCAUCCAGAUGCUGCAUGCGCUCGUGCAAUACCCCCUCCCCAGCCUGGCUCCGGCGGAACGCCUGGAGUUCUCGUUUCUCCUCGGCCUGGCUGGCUGCGCACGCGAGCGGGCGAGCGCGCGCUCCGAAAGGCGGCUCCCGCCAUGCAGCCGCGGUCAUUCACCAAACAUUACUAAGUCUGGCAGUGAGGUGACCGGUACUCAGGUGUACAACCACUUACGUAAAUGGAGACAGAGGUGGAUGAGGGUGGCAAAAUUAAGAGAGUUGAGUGGUGCCAAUUGGGAUGAAGACUUAUGCAUGAUAAGUCUGGAGGAUGAGCACUACAAUGGCCACAUUAAGGCCCACCCUAAGGAUGCUGAGUUCUUAAACAAGCCUAUAGAAAACUAUAAGGAGAUGAUGACUAUAUUUGGGACAGGAUUAGCAACUGGGAAGUAUGCUAUGGGUUCAAAUGAAGCUUUAGGAUCUCCAUGCGAGGUUGCUACUAGCUCUGUUAAGACUGAUUCCCUUGAUGAAGACAAGAGUGGUAAGUCAGUUAAGACUGAUUCCCUUGGUGAGGCAACAAAGGAUAUGAAAGAAGGUAGUAGUGGUGUAGGCAAUAAGAGGAAGAGGGGUGUGCUCACUGAUGAGGACACUCUGAUGUUGUCUAAAAUGACAGAUGCUGUCAAGGAUGUGGCAGCUGCUAUUCGUGAGACCAAAGUGGAGGUGAUUAAUCCUGACCUAUAUGUUGCAGUCAUGUAUAUGCCUGGAUUUAGUGAGGAAGCUUUAAUUUGUGCUUUCUCUCAUCUGGUGGACAACAAGGCGCAGGGGGAUGCUUUUGUCCACAUGACUGACUCCCAUCGUGUCCUGUGGCUAAGGACAUGGCUAGCCAAGAACUACUUCCUGUAGAUGCAUAUUAUGCUAACUGACUGAUCAUUCUUUUGGGUAGCCAAACAUAUACCAUGAGAGGUUUUGCUUUUGCUGUGAGACAACUUGCUUGUCUGUAAGGUCACUAAUUUCUGGGGGUCUUUAGGUCUGAGGGUGAUCCUUUGCUGGGUUGUUGGAGUACUGAGAGGUUGAAGGCAUAUGUGAUCAGUCAGAUUGUUGCCUGUGAUGUGGUGGACCUAGAUUCAAAGUUCCAGUUGCAUUUGUAACCAUGACUUUGAUGCAUGAGCUAAUUUCCUUUGCCUCUAUUGUUUCCUUUGCCUCUGUUCUUUCCUUUGCCUACGAUCAGUCAGAUUGUUGCCUGUAAUGUAUGUGAUUUUCAUGCUUGAUCUGAGAUGGUUUCUAUUGCCUAUGAUGUAUGUGAUUUUCAUGCUUGAUCUGAGAUGGUUUCCAUUGCCUAUGUUGAUUGGCAAAUUUUGAUAUCUUGAUCUGAGAUGAUUUCCAUUGCCUAUGAUGAUUACCAAACCACUACCUAACUGUGUUGUAAGUAUUGAAUUACCAGUUCAGUUACUGAGCACAAUAAAUGGCCUAUGAUCAUUCUAUGAUACUACCUCAAAUUGUGAAGUGUCCUAACAAAAUUUACAGCUAUGGCUUGGUACGUAGUACAUGUUGGCCGUCAAACUGGUGUCUACUCUUCCUGGGAAGCUUGCCAUGCUCAAGUAAAUGGUUGCAAAGGAGCUUGCUACAAAAGAUACAAUUCAAGAGAAGAAGCGAUGACAGCUUUCAAUGGUCACGACAAUGAGGACAAACAACAGGAAGUUCCAGUACUUCUUAGGAACAAAGCUAGUGCUAUUACAAUUAAAGAUGUAAUAAUAUUUGCAGGAGGUGUUGUAAUAUUAGUUCAAGCUUUAAUCAUUACAAUUUUAGUUUCCAAAUUGAUGUAAUAAUGGUUACAUUAGCUGUUUUAUCCCCUCUUGGUCUGUGGUGGUAACCUUACCAAUGUAUGCAAGAGGUGACUUUAACAA